AUGGAAGAGAUAAAGGAGGCUGCAAUGCAGAUGGGAGGUUUAAAGGCUCCAGGUCCAGAUGGAUAUCAGGGAAUUUUCUUUCACAAAUAUUGGGACACUAUUUAUGAUGAAGUCAGAGGCAUCACAGAGGAUUUCUUCCUAAACAAUUGGAGUUUUGGUGCUUUGAAUAUUACAAACCUGGUUUUAAUUCCUAAAAUUCCAAACCCUGAGAGAGUUUCUCAUUUUCGCCCAAUUAGCAUAUGUAAGUUCUCUUUCAAGAUUGUAUCUAAAGUUAUGGCAAAUAGAUUGAAGUUGCGAAAGACAACAAAAAUGUACGAUUUGGGCAUCAAAAUUGAUAUGAACAAGGCUUAUGAUAGGGUGGAGUGGCAUUUCUUGGAAUCGGUCAUGCUCAAGAUGGGUUUUGAUGUUCGUUGGGUCAACUUGGUGAUGAAUUUGGGUAACACUUUUACACCAACGAGGGGCAUCCGACAAGGCGAUCCACUAUCACCGACUAAUACUCAGAACUGUCGUAAUAUGUGA